UGAUUGGUUGGAUGUUAUCUCAGCUUCGACUCCGCAACGGUCGGGCAAGCGGAUCACCAACUCAACCUCAGCACCAGCAGGCGUAGAUAGAGACACAUCUGCCUGCCUCGAGUGAUCAAGAGAGACAAGAGACAGACAGACCCGCAGCAGUCAUGUCGGCAAACUAUGACGAAGAUGCAUUCGACGACAACAUUGAUGACCAGUCUAAUCAGGUCGCCAUCAAGCACAUCCGGCGACACUCGAGCAUCUCUGCAGAGAAGCCACACAAGUUGCUCGUUGCAAACAGGUCGGAGAUUGCAGUGCGAAUCUUCAGGACGGCCCAUGAACUGGGCAUGCACACUGUAGCCAUCUAUUCGCAUGAAGACAGGCUUUCCAUGCACAGGCAAAAGGCCGAUGAGGCAUAUGUCAUUGGUGCGGUGGGCGAGUACACACCCGUUGCUGCCUAUCUUGCUCAAGACGAAAUUGUGCGUAUUGCCGUUGCAAAAGGCGUCACUAUGAUCCACCCAGGCUAUGGAUUCUUGUCUGAGAAUGCUUCUUUUGCUCGUAAGGUUGAAGCAGCAGGCAUCAUUUGGAUUGGCCCUACCCCAGAGACCAUCGACUCCCUCGGUGAUAAGACAAAAGCGCGUGAAGUUGCUAUUCGUGUGGGUGUGCCCGUCGUGCCUGGCACGGAGGGUGCUAUCGAAAACAUUGGCGAAGCGAAAGACUUUGUUGAAAAGUACGGCUUCCCGGUCAUCAUCAAGGCCGCUAUGGGCGGCGGCGGUCGUGGUAUGCGCGUUGUUCGCAAGCAAGACGAGUUUGAGUCUGCCUUUGAACGUGCUACAUCCGAGGCCAAGUCUGCCUUUGGUGACGGCACCUGCUUCCUUGAGCGUUUCCUGGAACGACCGAAGCACAUUGAAGUGCAGCUUCUUGCAGAUGGUAUUGGCAACUGUAUCCACUUGUACGAGCGCGACUGUUCAGUCCAGCGUCGUCACCAAAAAGUCGUCGAAGUCGCUCCAGCCAAGGAUCUCGACCCAAAGCUCAGGCAGGCCAUUUUGGACGAUGCCAUCAAGCUCGCUCGUGAAGUCAACUACCGCAAUGCAGGUACUGCCGAGUUCUUGGUCGAUGCUCAAGGCCGACACUACUUUAUCGAAAUCAACCCGCGUAUUCAAGUCGAACAUACCAUCACUGAAGAGAUUACGGGCAUCGACAUCGUUGGUGCUCAAAUUCAAAUUGCCGGUGGUGCGACCCUCUCUCGACUGGGCCUCUCGCAGGAGAAGAUUACCGUGCGUGGAUUUGCCAUUCAGUGUCGCAUCACUACGGAAGAUCCAGGCAUGCAAUUUGCACCUGACACAGGCAGAAUCGAAGUGUACCGCUCUGCGGGUGGAAAUGGUGUACGUCUUGACGGUGGUAAUGGAUUUGCAGGUGCAGUCAUCUCCCCGCACUACGACAGCAUGCUGGUCAAGUGCUCGUGCUCUGGCUCAACCUACGAAAUCACGCGCCGCAAGGUGCUGCGUGCCCUGAUCGAGUUCCGCAUUCGUGGUCUCAAGACAAACAUCCCCUUCUUGCUUCGAUUGGUCAUGCACCCAACAUUCCAAACUGCAAAGUACUGGACGACCUUCAUCGAUGAUACUCCAGAGCUCUUCCAGCUCUACAAGUCUGCUGACCGUGCUACACGCAUGCUCUCGUACCUCGCCGACCUGUGUGUCAAUGGUUCACAGAUUGUUGGGCAAAUCGGCGAGCCUUUGCUCAAGGGUGAAAUCAUCUUGCCAACCAUCUACGAGCCAAACUCCCAACAAGAAGUCGACUUGGCCAAGCCAUGCGAACAAGGCUGGCGCAAGAUCUUGCUCGAGCAAGGUCCCGAAGGAUUUGCCAAGGCUGUGCGUGCGAAUGAAGGAACACUCAUCAUGGACACCACCUGGCGUGAUGCUCACCAGUCUUUGCUUGCAACGCGUGUGCGAACACUCGACUUGCUCAACAUUGCACCGCAAACAUCGUAUGCUCUCUCAAACGCCUAUGCUCUGGAAUGCUGGGGCGGUGCUACAUUCGACGUUGCUAUGCGUUUUUUGUAUGAAGACCCCUGGGACCGAUUGCGAAAGCUUCGUAAGGCCGUGCCAAACAUUCCCUUCCAAAUGUUGCUGCGUGGAGCCAACGGUCUUGCAUACAGCUCAUUGCCAGAUAAUGCCAUUUACUUCUUUUGUGAGCAGGCAAAGAAGAAUGGUGUCGAUAUUUUCCGUGUCUUUGACGCGCUCAACGAUGUUGAAAAUUUGAAACUCGGUGUGGACGCCGUCAAGAAGGCCGGUGGUGUUGCUGAGGCCACCGUAUGUAUCUCUGGCGACAUGCUUAACCCAAAGAAGAAGUACAACCUGGAUUACUACCUCUCCCUCGUGGACGAGAUUGUUGCCAUGGGCGGACAUGUACUCGGUAUCAAGGACAUGGCUGGUGUUCUCAAGCCUCAGGCUGCAACCACCUUGAUUACAGCCAUCAGGAAGAAGUACCCAGAUUUGCCAAUUCACGUACACACGCAUGACUCUGCCGGUACAGGUGUUGCUUCGAUGGUUGCAUGCGCGAAAGCAGGUGCUGAUGCCAUUGAUGUCUGUUCAGACAGCAUGUCUGGUAUGACGUCCCAGCCGUCGAUUGGUGCCUACAUGGCUUCCAUGGAUGGCUCAGGACUUGGUCCGAACUUGGAUACUUCCGCCGUCAAGGCGCUCGAUGAGUAUUGGUCGCAGCUGCGUCUGCUCUACUCGCCCUUUGACAGUGACAUGAAGGGUCCUGAUCCUGAGGUGUACGACCACGAGAUUCCUGGUGGACAGCUGACCAACUUGCGAUUCCAGGCAACACAAUUGGGCCUUGGUACGCAAUGGAAGGAGACCAAGAAGGCCUAUGUGCAAGCCAAUGCUUUGCUGGGUGAUAUCGUUAAAGUGACGCCCACCUCCAAAGUCGUGGGUGAUCUCGCACAAUUCAUGGUGCAAAACAAGCUUUCCUACCAAGACACGAUUGAUCGUGCCCAGGACCUUGACUUCCCGGCAUCCGUGCUCGACUUCUUCCAGGGCUUGAUGGGUCAGCCUUACGGUGGAUUCCCCGAACCAUUCAGGACGCAUGUUCUCAAGGGCCAGCGCGAGCCUCUCACAGACCGUGCAGGCAAACACCUACCCCCUGCUGAUCUCGAACAAAUUCGCUCAGACUUAGCAAAGGAGUAUGGUACUGCAGGUGACACAGAUGUUGCCUCGUACACGCAAUUUCCAGGUGUCUACAAGGACUACCGUGCCUUCUUGGCCAAGUAUGGUGACUUGUCUGUGUUGCCAACACGCUUCUUCCUCGCCAAGCCUGAGAUCAACGAAGAAAUCUACGUCAAUGUCGAGAAGGGAAAGACAUUCAUCAUCAAGUUGCUGGCUGUGGGUCCUGUAAGCGACAAGACGGGUACACGCGAGGUUUACUUUGAAUUCAAUGGUGAAACAAGACCCAUCACCGUCGAGGACAAAAAGGCUGCUGUGCAGACCGUCACGCGAAAGAAGGCAGAUGGCUCCAAGUCUGGCCAGGUCGGCGCACCCAUGUCGGGUGUUGUGGUGGAGGUGCGCGUCAAGCAAGGCGCAGAGGUGAAGAAGGGUGAUAUUCUGGGUGUCUUGUCUGCCAUGAAACUCGAGCUCGUCAUGUCGGCUCCUAUCUCGGGCAAGGUGAGCGAGAUUACAGUCUCACAAGGUGACUCUGUCAAUUCUGGCGACUUAAUCGCUGUGAUUGACGCGUAGAAGGCGUAGAAGGCGCAGAGUCGCGUCCCGUUCAUAUUUCCUAAUUUUCUAUGC